ACGAAUCUGCUCUCUAAAUUUGUAAUUUGAGAGUUUGUUUUCAAAAAAACACUGGAUCGAAUUUCUAUGCUAGCAUGCGUUUUAAAGAUAAUUGUUCAAGGAUGUAGUUUAUUUGGAAGUUAAAAAGUGCGCCAACACAGUGUGACAAAGAUCUCCAGAAAAGACAAGACUUAGUAUUUAGUAUUAGAAAUAGUUUUUUUUUCUAUUUGUGUUAUGGAUUAAGAUUUUCUUUAAAUCAACUUCAUACACCAGAAUGUGUAAAGUUUGUGGUUGGAAGCAGGUUUUUUUGUUUGAACUGUUUUAAAAAUAUGCAGACAAAGACGUACCUUUGUUGAUAUCAUACCAUUUGUGAAAAAAAACCUUCAAUUUUUGGUGGUAAAUUAUUUUUAAAAUCAAUAAUAAAAAAAGGUUAUCAGGAAUUUUAGUGUGUUUCUUUUUCAUAGUGUGAGACGGCAGUAAAUUGAAGAAUAUCUUGUUUUGUGUGCAGAUGUCUUAAUUGUGUAAAUUCGUAUGCUUGUGUCUAAAAGAAUACUUGUCUGGUACAGGAUAAGAAUGCAGCUUUAAAAUUUGCCUUUUGUUAGCAAGUUCUGGUGAAGAAAGAGAAUCAGGAGACAAAUUUACAAAUAUAAAUGCUCUUAGGAUUAUUUACUGCGAUACCGGAGUUAUAUACGCCAGAAAAAUUUAACUCAUUUUGGCGGUAAAUUCUUGAUAAAUGCAUCAAGAUUUAAAAGCUUUGUCUGGUUUGAUUCUUCCGUGAAUUUUAUUUACUGCGACAUUGAAACUGUGUCCGUUUGUUUUUUCGUACAUGUAGAUGUUUUAUUUAAGGAGACUGAGACUUUCUAUUAGUUCUUUUUAUUGUCACCCACGACCAGAUGUUGUCUUUGAUAGAACCUGAACAGGAUCAAUAAGUUUAACAAACAGAUCUAUUUUGCAAACUGCUGUGAUGACGUUAUGAAAAGGCUGUACACUUUUUAAAGCUGAAAUUAAUCAAUAAUCAUUUCAUUGUCUGUUCCCUUUUAUGAGACAACCCUUUAUUUUAUGUCAUAGUAACACAGCCAACCAUUUCAUAGUGUAACCUGGAGUUAUAUCUUUGUUUUCAAUCUUGUGUUGUGUGCUGAGAUUGAGUAUAAUUGUGUGUAUCUUACAUUCAAUAAUAUAUGGAUUAAUGAAACAUUAAGUUGAUUAACUGAUAUAUUAAAAAAUAACAAUGUCAGUAAGUAGUGAAGAGGAAAUAUUUUGUGAACAUUAUCCCAUAACUAGAAGAGUUGUUAAAGUGCUAACGGAUCAUGAUUUACAACAAAAGAUUGAUCAUGAAAUCAAGAUGCGAGAAGGAACAGCCAAACUAUUGGCAGCAUCGAAACAUCCAAACCAAAUGUUGGAAGCCGCUAAAAACCUCUUAUCUUCAAACACAAGAAUUAUUUCCUACAUGACAGAAUUACAGAAACGUAAAACAGCCGAAGUAAUGGGCAAAAAUAUGGCUGUAGAGGGUAAUCAGUUACCAUGUAGAGCUACUGUUAGUUUAUCAGAUUUAAGAAUACCUCUCAUGUGGAAAGAUACUGAUCACUUUAAAAACAAAGGAGAUUAUAGAAGAUAUGCUGUGUUUUGUUUAUUGAAGAUAGGUACAGAGAUAUAUGAUACAUCUAUGAUAAGUAAUGUUGAUCGAAGUAUGACAGAUAUUACAUUUGAUGAUAUCAUUGUAUUUAAUAAUAUUCCACAUGAUUUUGAUUGUAAAGUAGAAGUUUUUUGUCACAAAUUACACGAAGAUCUUUCCAUGGCUAACACACCAAAGAAAUUACGGAAAAAAAUAAACGAUCUCUCAGGUUCAGUUGGAAGAAGUGUUGGAAAACGUCUUUCGGGUUUGAAUGAUGCAGAUAUUAUUGGAAAUAUGGUUUUAGGACCGAAGUUUGAAAUGGUGGCCAAAGGUAGUUUGUCUCUAACAGAUGUAGAUGAUUCAGUUCGAACAUUUGAUUUAACACUUGAAACAACAUCAGAUGGUACUAUACAUGAGCUUCCAUUAUUUGGACAUUAUUGUUGUAGAUUAGCGGCCUUACCUCUUUGUUUAGUUGAACCUACAGUUACUGGCUUUUUAAACUUACAGCAGGAUGGUGAAGAUGAUGUAUCUAAAUGGAAGCGAUAUUGGUGUGUUCUAAAAAAUCUACAACUAGCUUGUUGGUCAUCACCAAAUGACGUAGAAGUUACUCAACCUUUAGUUGCAAUACCAGUCACAAAGAGUACACAGAUCUGUGAUGCUGAUCCUACAACCAGUCAAAGAUCUCAUACAUUCCAUAUAAAAACAACAGAUAUACAUGGUAUAACUCAACAUACAUUAGCAGCUGAUUCUAAAGAUGAUUUAAGUCAAUGGUGGGAUGGCUUUCAACAACAUUUACUUGACCAAGCACUUUGGAAACAUGCAGUAGAAUAUCCUAUGGAUGUUAAACAGUCUUCCGUACGAAGAUCAUCUGUGUUUCAACGGAAAAGCUCAAUAUAUGAUGAUACUCCAUUAAUAGAACCACCAAAAAGAAGUAGCUUGGUUGAUUUAAAAGUUGAAGAUGAUCAAUUAAAUAAGAUGUUACAUACAUUAAUGGGAGAACAGAAAGAAAUACGAGGAAGUGGAACGUUUCGUCAGAAUUCAACAAGCUAGUCCUUUAUUAUAGUGUAAUAUAUAAUUCAUUUCUGUGUAUGUACUGUAUAUAGCGAUCAUGUGAUUUUAUCUGCAUAGUAUGUAGAUUAAUGUGAAUGCAUCUGAUUUAAAUAAUCAUGUUGUUAUUAAUUAUUAUUUUGCUGAAUAAUAAUGGAAUUUAUGCUUUAAUUUAAAGUUAUAGUGCAUUUUGAUAAUGAUAGCAUUUAAGACUCACAUAGCAUUUAAAACAAUUAGUAUCGUGUUUGACUAUCGCAUGAUGCUAUUUCUAAUUGAUUCUGUAACCUGUGUGCUAUAUAGACUGACAUCAAUGGUGAAUUGGAAAUGACAUUUUGUUUUGUAGGAUGAAAUUUAAAAAUGAGAUAAAAAUGAAAUGUGCUAUAUUAAUUUUUGUACAUAAUAUUCAAAAUCUUUUGUUAAGUAGGAUCAAACUAUAGAACAAAUGAUAUGAAGAUUACUUUUUGAAUUUUCAAUUUAAGUUUUUAACCUUUACUCUUGACUGUUUUAACAUGCAAAAUAAUUGUUUCUAGAUGACUGUCUUUGUCUUUUAAGGAUAGUAUUAAAUUUGACAAUUUAGAGGAUUUCUUUAAUUUGACUAGAUUUCUGUAAAAUAUGUGUAUUUUUAAAAGGAAUACUGUAGAUAUGUAAAAUAUUCAGAUUUGAUUUAGGACGUAAGUUAAUAUUGGUUCUUGUUGAAUUUUUGAAAAAAGUUAUAUAUGUAUGUUAUAAAAAUAAAAAUGAAAUAAAUACUGGUAUCAACUGUUAAAACUGCUCACAAUCUUAACAUUCAAUCUUAAUACAUUUUAUACAUCAUUUUUUUAAACCUUUUGUUUGGUUAGAAAUUUGAUUUUUUUUUUAAAAACAGAUUAUUGUGCCAAUAAUUUUAUCCACAUUGUAUUUGUAUCCGAUCAUUGUUAUCAGACGUAAAAUACUGUAAUACAUUUUAUUGUUGAUGUUAUCUUUUAUGUGGAAUAAUCUUCAUGAAUUAUUAUUUAAAAUAUGUAUUGUACUACCAGGUUAAACACAAGUUUUAAAUUACAUGUAUAUUGAAUUUUAUGAUAUAUAAAACCAAUAAGAAAUCGGAUAUAUUUACAAAUUCUUUUUCUAUUGCUUAAACCUGAUAACAAUUAUCAAUGGCUCACUUUAUACAAUAAUAAUCAUGUUUGUAAACUUAGCUAGAGGAGUAUUACUAAACUAUAUCAAACUGUUUAAAAUUGAACUAUUUGAUUAUAAAAUUGAUGUUUACAUUAAUCAUAUUUAUUGAGAUUGUAACCUAAAAUAUUCCAAGGUUAUCUAUAUAAUGGCAACCAUGUUUAAUGACCUGUAUUGUCCAUAAAAAUAACAUUGUUCACGUUAAACCUUUGUCACAAUUUUAUGUACAAAAUGUUUAAAUGUUAAUUAUUCCUAUGUCAUAUGCCAUAUACUCAAGCAUCAUCUAAAGGCUUAAUUUCCAUUUUUCCAUUUCUUACAUUAAAUUCUUACAUUUCUUGAAUUAAAUUGUCUCAGGUACAAAACCUUGCCAAUUUUAAUCAUGCUACUGUUUAUUUGUCCAGUGGAAACUUUGGUUUUAUUGAAAUUAAUUAGUAAAAUUUUUGUGGAUUUACUUUUUUUUACUUAUUUUGGAAAUUGAUAUUUUAAUGAAAUGUGCUGCCAAGAUAUAUUUGAGGGUAUUUUCUUUUUAUAUUUUGCACUCUUCAUUACUGGAAUGUACUCAGAGACUAAAUUCAGAAAAGGAACUAUUCAAAUGACCAGUGCAUAAUUGAGAAUAGAUCUGUUUAAUGACAGGUUCAAAUGCAACCAAGUUUCUCUCUCCCUUAUGUUAAAAAUAUAAAAUCAUAUUUGGAUAUUUCUUUGUUUCUAUUUAUUUGAUAUUACGGUUAUUGUUUUGCUAGAUUUUGUAAGAAACAAGUUCUGUUAAUAUGUCUGCCAAAUCAUUGAUUAUUAGUCAAUCUUUAUUGUUUAUUAUUUUGACAAUAAAACCAGCUGAAAGUAU